CGGCGCCGGGGCGAGCCGUGGCCGGCCGCAGCCACCGCCGCCGGGUCGCCGGGUCGCGGGGCCCGCGGCGCUCGGGCCGCGUCCGUGCUCCCGGGCGCGCGGCGCGGCCGUCGCUGCUGCCCGCGCUCGUGCCGCCUUCGCCGCCGCCGCCGCCGUCACGCCAGCCCCGCCGCCGCCGCCGCCGCCGCCCGCUCUGAUUCUGCGCAUAGGCAGCCCCCAAGCCUGUCAUUCUGCAAAAACACAGUUUACUCAACACACCGCACACACGCGCACACACACGCGCGCACACACACGCGCACCCCGGCCCCGCGCGCACACGCACGGAGGGCGCGAGCGAGCAGACGCGCACACCCGGCGAGCCAAGUUCCGCAGCCUGGCAUGGCUUCUGGGGACCUUUACGAGGUUGAGAGGAUUGUAGACAAGCGCAAGAACAGGAAGGGCAAAUGGGAGUACCUCAUCCGGUGGAAGGGCUAUGGGAGCACGGAGGACACAUGGGAGCCGGAGCACCACCUCCUGCACUGUGAGGAGUUCAUCGAUGAGUUCAACGGGCUGCACCUGGCCAAGGACAAGAGGGUCAAGUCCGGGAAGCAGGCGGGCACCUCCAAGCUCCUGCGGGACCCCCGCAGCCCCACGUCGGUGGAGAAGCUCUCCCACAGGCCCGCGGAGCCGGGAAAGAGCAAAGGGACUUCCCACAAGCGGAAGCGGAUCAACCCGCCCCUGUCCAAGCCCAGGAAGGGCUGCUCAGGCAAACCCCCCGGGGCCGCGGACAGGGCCGCCAAGACCGUGUCCUACAGGACUACUCCCAGCGGCCUGCAGAUCAUGCCCCUGAAAAAGGGCCCCAGUGGCGUGGAGAACGGGGAUGCCAGCUCCGAGAAGGACGAGAAGCACUUUGGAAACGGCUCCCAUCAGCCUGACGUGGAUUUGACCGACUCCAUCGGGGAGCAGGACGCCAGCGGCGGGGAAUGCGAUGGGCCCCACUCGGCGCUGGUGGAGAACGGGCUCGGCUCUGCUCUGACCAACGGGGGCCUGAACCUGCACAGCUCCGUGAAGAGGAAGCUGGAGGCCGAGAAGGACUAUGUCUUUGAUAAGAGGCUCCGGUACAGCGUCCGCCAGAACGAAAGCAACUGUCGGUUUCGGGACAUCGUGGUGCGAAAGGAAGAGGGUUUCACACACAUCCUGCUGUCCAGCCAGACCUCGGACAACAACGCGCUGACGCCCGAGAUCAUGAAGGAGGUGCGACGGGCGCUGUGCAACGCGGCCACAGACGACAGCAAGCUGCUUCUACUCAGCGCCGUGGGCAGUGUGUUCUGCAGCGGCCUGGACUACUCCUACCUGAUUGGCCGCUUGUCCAGCGACCGGCGAAAGGAGAGCACUCGGAUCGCGGAGGCCAUCAGGGACUUCGUGAAGGCCUUCAUCCAGUUUAAGAAGCCCAUCGUGGUGGCCAUCAAUGGGCCAGCCCUGGGCCUCGGCGCUUCCAUCCUGCCCCUCUGUGACAUCGUGUGGGCCAGCGAGAAGGCCUGGUUUCAGACGCCCUAUGCCACCAUCCGCCUCACUCCGGCUGGCUGCUCCUCCUACACCUUCCCCCAGAUCCUGGGCGUGGCGCUGGCCAACGAGAUGCUGUUCUGCGGGCGGAAGCUCACGGCCCAGGAGGCAUGCAGCAGGGGCCUGGUGUCCCAGGUCUUCUGGCCCACCACGUUCAGCCAGGAGGUCAUGCUGCGGGUCAAGGAGAUGGCGUCGUGCAGUGCCGUGGUGUUGGAGGAGUCCAAAUGCCUGGUGCGCAGCUUCCUAAAGUCGGUGCUGGAGGACGUGAACGAGAAGGAGUGUGUCAUGCUCAAGCAGCUCUGGAGCUCUUCCAAAGGCCUGGAUUCCCUGUUCAGCUACCUGCAGGACAAGAUCUACGAGGUCUGAAGCCCACGCAAGGGCGCCUGACUGCACCUCGGCCUGAGUUCUGGCCGUCACAGCCCAGCGUCUGCCCGGCCAAGGAGUUCUUCCUGGUGUCCCUGCGCACCUGGGGUUGUGUCCAUCUCCUCGUGUCCUUUGGUUGUUCCUCAUUGGUUUGAUUUUGUGUGAUGGUGGGAAAUGCAGCACACUUGGCCUCCCCCACGUCCCGCCCCACAGAGCCCUCAAGGGCUCUGCCUCCCUCGCCAGGGCCUCGCCAGGUCCUGCUGUCCCUCCCACUUGCUGGAAUGCAGCACCAUGGUCCAGGAAGGGGAGCCCGCUCCGCUCUCCCCAGCCUUCCGACUCAGGCUGUGUCUACACAGUGCCUCUGAUUGGAGACAAGGCCGGCGUGGUUCGCUCUGGUCGAGUGUAGAAAAUGAUCCAUCCUAGCCAAAGCACAGACCCCCGAGCGAGCCACGGCGUGGACCUGGCUUCUGUCCCCUCUCUGAUGCAGUCUGUGUGACUGUUAGGGCUUGGUCUUAAAAUCCAACCGAGUGAUUUACAAACCCAGAUAUUGUACAUUUAGAAAUGUUUUGUUAAAUAUAUAUUUUUAAAACAAUGCAAGUGGAAAUUCUGAUAAUUUAUGUAUAUGAUAUGUAAAGCUAGUUUUGCAAAAAAAAAAAAAAAAAGAAAACCAUGAACUACUAGGAAAAUGUUUUUGUUGCUUUAGUAGGAUUUAUUUUAUUUAUUUAUUUUUGUUUAUAUAGUAUGAUGUGUGUGGUUCACACAGAUCUUAUUUUCAUACUGCCCUGGACCAAAUACCGUUUAAGGUUUAUGCUGUCUGGUGCAUUCUAGCAAUGCAGCACGUAGAAAUCAAAUUCAGAGAGAUGCGAACAGAGGAUUUCUGUGGAUAAAGGAACAGCUCUGCGUCAGACCCUCUUUGUGUAGCUGGAGUAACAUAAUACCAGUUCCUCAGUCUUGUCCAUGGAAGACAGCGUGGAGGGAUUUUUCUCUUCGUUCCCUGUCUUUAAAGAGAUAAAGGGCUCUCAGUUUAAAUGGUCCCAAAACGGACCCAGUUCCCCCUCCUAGACCCUCAGGAGCAGGUGGGAGCAGGCCCUGCAGGAGGCCUCCUGUGGUAGCCUGUAGCCACCAUGAGGCUUUUCUUUGUGCAAAUGACUACACUUGGGUUUCAGAGACCAUUUCUUCCAUGCGCGCCUCGGUCGCUGGUUUUGGCCUUCCGGGAAAGUGGGGAGCAACCUGUGUGCUAAGCGGGCUGCACCAUCUGAGUCUUCUGCUCCAGAAGCCCGAGUGACCCAUCGUUAGAUGUGGCCCCCUGCUUUCUGUUCAGACUUCAGUCUAGGAUAGUUUUAUGUUCGGUAUCUACCGAAACAGUGUCUGGAUUCUCACUGGACAUGGAAGAGGAUGUUUGGAAGUUCAUUUUGAUCGACAUCCACCUUUGUUUCUUGCUGAAAGGACCAGAAAUGUCUUAACUUUGGGAAUACCUUCGAUUUCAAAGCCCUGAAUAGUUUGGGGAUCUGUGCUGACUAAGGCAGGCAGGUGAAGCAUCUUCACGGUAGAGUUCAUGCUGUGCAUUUGUAGGUUCAGGGUAUCACAGGAGGUGUUUUCCAGGAGUCUGCGUGUUGGUUGUUUGCAUAGUCAGUUCCAUAGUUAGGCAAAAGUCAGUGAAGUUUCUUUGCUGCCGUGUAGACUGAACCACUGGAUUUUUCACGUUCUGGACAGUCGUUUUGACACUAUGUAAGUGAAGUCCAUGUAACUUACAGCAAAUCUGCCUGUUAUGAAAAAUUCCAGACCUGUGGUUGUGUUCAGGGUUAGCUCAGAGCAUUCUCGGGGAGGUGUUCUUUUCGUUGUUGCUGUUGUUAAGAUCUUGUACCCCAGUGCUCUCUCUCCACCUGUGGGAAGGUUUCCUGCUUUUUCUACUUUAAUUUUCUGCCCCAACCCAAAUCCCUACCCUACAGCUCUCCUUCCUAGAGUCUGGGCAGGUCUUUGAGGAAUGACCACCGGACUUGGCAGCCCCAUCCUGGAAUGCCUUUGGGGUUGGCAGAACAGCUGUGGGUGGGGAGUUGAGGGUCCUCUUCUGAGUCAAGCGCUCUUCUGGAAGUCUGCUCCUCUCCUUCUGCAGACCCCCUCCUGUCCGCCUCAGCCCUACCUAUGCCGCUGUCCUCUAGGGAAGCCAUUGGAGUGAACAGUCCUGUUCCCAGCGGGCUUUCUACAGAACUUUUGUUCAGAUGCUCACGCCUCUUCAGAGUUUGGAAGUGGUACCAUGAUACCGAUGCUAUCCCUGUGUCUCUUCCCUCUCAGAAAUGAGGUGUUGCGUCCAAAGACACCACACUCUUUGCUGAAAAUGAAAUUGUGUAACUUUGAGAAGGAAGCAGAGAAUUGAUUUGAAAUACUAUUCUUGUUUGGUAUGGGUGGUCACUCGGAAGCAUGAAAUAGGUAUUUUCUCCAUAUGACGUUUAGUAUGAGGGUGGAAAGAUAAUAAUUACAAUACACUUUGAACAAUGCAGCUCAAUCUCUGAAUAGCCACAUUUAAAAAUAGCCUUGACUCAAUGCUGAAGUGCAUUUCCCACUAUGAAUAGUUUCAAAACCUUUACAAAAAAACUUUUAAAAAGUUUGUAAACUUUUUUUAAUUUUGAAUUUAGUCACAUUCAUGAGAUUUUUCCAAUCUAGUUUCUGUGGAAAUUUUUUUAACAAAGAGAAACAAACAGAAACAUCUGCAGAUCUUCCUAAGUGGAUAUUUAAAAUGCAGAACACACCUCUUCUGUGUUCCUAUGUUCAGAUACUUAGAUUUGUUGUAUAUAUUAGUCUAGACAUUCACUAAUAUACACAGUAUUUAAGACUCUAAAUGAGAUUUCUUAAGUAUUUUAUUUUAUUCUCUGUAAAUGGUUUUGUAAAAUCUUUAAAAAAUCUACACUUUGCCUUUGUAGAUACAUCUUCGAGGGUUGUCUUGCAUGUAUAUUUUUGUUGUAGAUACGUGUUGCUUAGUUCUUUAUGCAAAUUUUGGUUGAAAUGCUUAUAGACUUUAAUACAGUAUAUAUUUUCAAACUAUAAACUUUUAUAUUUCUGUGGUAAGUUAGGAUAUGCGUUUUAGGCAAUCUUUUCCCAUUAAUAUCACUUGUGCUUUCAAAAAUCUAGCAUACUGGUUUGGUGCCAAUGUUUUUAUUUCAUUCUUUCUGUUUUUUAAAUCUACUGUUCUUAUAUUGUUAGGGCCAUUUUGUUUUUUCUAGAAGGAAUUGAGUUUGAAGUAUCAUUAGAAAACGUAUUGAAUUUGUGAAUAAGCCUUACCAUUAGGAUCAGUAAACUUUUCCACCCUUGCAACCAUGUAUGUAGUGUAGGAUCUCCCCGUAAAUUCUCACAGUGUGGCAGGUGAUGGAGUUUGUGAACAGAGCCUUAAGCUUGUUGCAAAAAUAAUAAUAAAAGGGUAAUACGGGUUGUUUUGUCCACGUGAGCCACGUUGACAGACUCGGUGUAGCCGGUCAGUCGUGGCUAAUUCUGGAGAGUUUGGUUGAGCUGAAGGCGGCAGGUACCACAUGAGUUCUAUGGUGACUGUCUUUGGCCAGAAGGUUGACCUGAGGACAGGUUUUCUGGAGCCUCUUCACCUGGUUUAGACAUGGUCAUGACGGGGGCUGCUGGUUCACUGUUCUGGACAAAUGGCACUUCCUGCUCCUGACCCUGGUAGUGGACUCCUGGUUCCUUGUGGGUGACCUGAGAGGUCCAGUCUGGCUGAGGUCAGCGCUCCUUGAGAAAUGUUAACAAAGUUUACGUAUGAGUCUUACUGUGUCGACAAUCUGAAGUCAGUGUCACAUAAUCAGCAUCCCCAUGUGUCCUCAGUGUCCCCCCAGUGUGUCAAGCCCUACCGACUUGGAGUUUAGCGGGACAAAAGCAGACAGGGUGCUGAACUUACUCAGCAGCUGAGUCCAUCCAUCCAGGACCGUCUCCGUGUGGAAAAGUCAGUCGCAGGAAGGAGAUCAAGUGAGGCUUGAUUUGGGACCUGAUAAAACCAGCUAAAAUUUGGCCUUAAUUAAAAAAAAAAUAAAGUUCCUUUUGCGUGGCCGCAUUUGAGUAUCACCAUCUGAUCUUCCUUACCAACAUCUUUGUCCUCAGAUUUUGAGCCCUGGUGCUGGUAUGGCUGAAGUCAUUUGGUCCAUCUUUAAUAGGUGUCCAUAAGGUCAUCUUGUCAACCCUAGGAUGGAGCUCUGCCGAUUAGCUUCCCUUUUGAAAGCCAGGAUCUGGUGUCAGGCUGCAGCUCUGUUGUCCAUGGCCUGACCUUAUUCACCUCACUGGCCCACCCAACCUUGGGCCUGAUGCCAGAGCUCGGUGAGUUGACUUUAGGAAGUUCAGAAGGUGUAGUGGUUUCCAUCUAGUAUUUAAUUUGUCCCUGUGUCAUUAGUCUCAGCUUGAAGUCAUUUGCCAAUGUCUACGUUGACAGGAUUGUGAAAAUAUUGCCUUUCAUAAAACCAAGGACCAAAGAAUUCCAUUAUUCCAACAAAGCACGAGUUUCAUAGAUUUCAGUUGCGCCCAGAUGGAGACGUGCGAGCUGGACGGCACAGAGAGACCGCUUGGUCCUCCACCCCGAUCUCGGGCUCCCGCUGUUUGGCUGGACACAGGGACUUGUCACAUUGAGAAGGCUCUGAAGAGGAGUUUCUAAGGUUGAAACUCGCUAUCUCAGGUGGUGGUUCUGCUGUAUAGUCCUAAGGUUUGUAUCCAUAUCAUAGAGAGUGGCGAUCUGGCAAUUCUCCGGGUUUAUCUGACAGUGUAGAUACCUCUGUUGCAUGUGAGUCUCUGGUGUGAGUUUUGCAGAUGUGUCUACACCCAGCAGCAGGUCUUCACCACUGCCAGAUUUCCACCACUUAAUUAGUUUUGCAUCACCCCAUUCCAUUUCUGGUUUGGCAUGGGCAGGGAGAUUUCCCUCAGUUCCCAGGCCGGUGACACAGCAUUCUCAUUCAUGUUGAAAUCAUCGAUCCGUUAACCACUUGAGAAAUGAUGGAUGUUGGGAAAAUGCUGUUCUAUUGGUAAGGCUUAUUACCAAACUUCUUAUAACGAAGCAGGCUACCAAAAACUUGCCCAGCCCACCCUGAGAGUGUUUGGGUUGGGUCACGGGUGUAGCAUACACACCAAAAUCCACGGAGACCUUUGCAAAUUAGGCUACUUCUUUUCUUUUGCCAGAUUAUCCUGGGAGUGUCUUUAACUAGUAUGAACAUUUGUAAGUAUGAGUACUUCAUAGAGAUACAAAGCAGGUACAGCGGACCCGUCCUCACCGUGUUGUAAAUAUUUCCCGAAAUGGGGUGCAGUCCCGAGGGGUGAUGACCUUCUGAUUUAUCACAUGCUGACUGUCUAGAGCAAGUUGUACACUCUCUUUGUGAAUGGUCCUGUAACGUGUAUGAACACAUUUCUGGGUGCCUUAGAAGUUGUAUUUUUCAUGUGUGCUAAUAUGCAGUAUUUAUACAUUGUGAGAAGCUGCUUUCAAUAAAAAGGUUGAAACUUCGUCUCCA